AACAGCCUCCUCCCACAUUAUCGACCCGCUUCUGUCAUCUGGCCAUCCCUGCGCGCCGAACGCGACCAUGAACUAAUUCGGCCACGACAUCCCGCGCGCGCGGUUAUCCGGACGAGGAAAAUUCUUGUGCUGCUACCUUUUUUGCUUUCGUUUCGGCCCCCGCGCGGAAAUUACCACGACGUUGUUGAUAUUGAACUUGUCGCCGGAGAUGCUUGAUGCAAGGUACCUUCCAAGAUGUUACCAGGACGAUCCGAACAUAAGUGACUGCUUCAUAAGCGCUGCCAAUAGUCUAAACGAGAACGUCAGAAGUGGGAUAUCGGAAAUCGGUUUACGUCCGUUAGACUCGUUCGUCUCCCCCGAUUUUAACUUGACCCUCGAAUCUCCGAUUUCCGAUGUUUACGUCGCUUUUAAACGUUUCACCCUGUACCAAGUGCACAGCUACCGAUUCACCACGGCAGAUGUUCGGCCCAAAGAUGGCGUACUUGAGGGCCAGGUCAUGUUAUCGGAGCUAGGUAUGUCGGCGAAUUUCGAAGCUCAGGGGCACGUGGUUGGUGUGGCACUCAAUGGACUCGGCUACGGCAGAAUUGGUCUCGAGAAUGUCGCAUGCGAUUUUUCUAUCAAAUGGCCCAAGGAAGGGACUUGCAACGAAUUGAAUUUGGAAAUAAGUUGCAAAAUCGAAGAUCUCAAAGUCAGUAAUAUUACUGGAUUACCCGGCGCAGACUCAAUACGUGCCGUUUUGAAUUUGAGCUCCCAAUUGAUCGCAUCUGAAGCUGCACCUGCAUGUUCAAGUAUCUUUCAAGCACUACUGAAGUCGUAUCUUAGACGGUUGUGCAGACAAUACGCGUUUAAUGAUUUGUUUCCUAUGAAUCAAAAUGCUUAGAUUUUGAAUAAUUAUUGUCUCUGUCCUUCGCUAUUUAUACAAAGCUCAAAACGGAACCAACGGAAUUGGCUCGUACGACGUCCUUUCUUAAAUGCUUAACUCUUGAAGAGAAUGUGGGGUUUCAAGAACUCUACAUGUUUCGGAAAGUCUCUAAGCGAGACUUUGAGGCACGCGGAAGCUAUUUCCUGCAGUUAAUGGCUUGCAGAGAUCCAUAAAGCUCUUUAAAAACGAAUCAGCACAUUGAGGGAUUUUAAAUGCUAAGGUCAAUUAAAAACUGUAUGGACUGCCUGUCGAAGACUGUUUGGGCCUUUGAAAACCCUUAAAUGAACACAGACAUCUUUAAUAUUCCUCUAAAUUCGAAC